AACCCCUCUCUCGCCACUUCCUCCAACACAACAACACAUCGCUAUUAGAUUCAUAAAUUUCAAAGUACCAACAAAUCAUCAAGAUCUUGCAAGCAAUUAAGCAUGUCUGGAAGAGGUAAAGGUGGAAAGGGUUUGGGAAAGGGUGGAGCGAAGCGUCAUCGGAAAGUUCUGAGAGAUAAUAUUCAAGGAAUUACCAAACCUGCUAUUCGUCGUCUUGCUAGGCGUGGUGGUGUGAAGCGUAUAAGUGGUUUGAUCUAUGAAGAAACUCGUGGUGUUCUCAAGAUCUUUCUUGAAAAUGUUAUUCGUGAUGCUGUGACUUACACUGAACACGCUCGCCGUAAGACAGUUACUGCUAUGGAUGUUGUUUAUGCGCUCAAGAGGCAAGGAAGGACCCUUUAUGGUUUUGGGGGUUAGGUUAAUUGUUGUUAUUAUUGUUAGUAUAAUUAGUAUUAGUAAUUAGUCAUUUGUUAUGACUUGUUGAAUUAAUCUCUGCUGUAUUGUAUCAGUUCUUACCUUUGGCUAUAUAUAAUUGUUGUUCAA